GAGCCCUACAGCCCGAAAACGCCUCAUCAGCUGCCCCGUUGCUGCGAUGUGGACGGGACAACACAGCGCGGGGAGGGGAGUGUUUUUGUUUUACUGCAACGUCACGUUUAGAUAGGCCACAGAAGGCUGAAACAUCUAUGUACGGUAUCACAUGAAACUGUAGCGGAAGAAGAAAGGACUGGCUGUGCAGGAAAAGCCUAACAUCUGAAUCACUUCCUGAUUAACCCUAUCGACCGCGCGGAGAACUGCGAGCCUCACAGGCUGGAGCGGCAGGAGGAGGAGGCUGAAGAGAAAAAGUGACACGUGGAUUAUUCCUCCUAGGGCAUCAGGAGCAACACACUCCCUCCUCUAGCUUGAGUUCCGCGACUUGGUAAUAGACUCAAACAUCGAAACCUUAUCGAAAAUAGGGUGAAAGUGAACAGCAGGAGCCUUUGACAAGAGUCUGCCGUCACCUCGCGUUGAAUGGCAGUUAUUCAAAAACAUGGCAAGAGCUCUAGUCCAGAUUUGGUCUGUCACAAGGAGAACGUCGCGCCUGACAAGAUCGGAGCACCUGGAUGUCACAAGAAGCGGCCCGAAGCGCAUUCCAACUGGCCGAGGCCAGUGGCAAGGAUAUGGACAGUGGUGCUGCUGUUGGGAACAUGCCUCCUUUACUGCGCCCGUGUGGCGAUGCCCAUCUGUGCCGUUAGCAUGGCGGAGAAGUUCAACUGGACCAAGAGAGAGUCCGGCAUGGUGCUAGGCAGCUUCUUCUGGGGAUACUGCUUCACCCAGGUGUUCGGCGGUUACGUCAGUGACCGUGUUGGAGGUGAGAAGGUCCUCCUGCUGUCAGCAGCAGCCUGGGGGUCCAUGACAGCUUUCACUCCGAUCCUCGCCCACCUUUGCUCCCAGCCAAUCUUCUCCAUGACGCUGGCCCGCUUCCUCAUGGGCCUGUUACAAGGAGUUCAUUACCCUUCCCUGGCAAGCCUGUGCUCACAGAAGGUGGUUGAGAGUGAGCGAGGCUUCCUCAUGAGCACUGUGGGGAGUGGCUCCUACCUGGGCACUCUUGUGAUUGGAGGUGUUGGUUCUCUCAUGCUGGACCUGUAUGGCUGGGAGAGUGUUUUUUAUGUGUCUGGUAUCCUGUCAGUCCUCUGGGCUUACUGCAUGUGGAAAUACCUGCUUAAAGGAGAAGGCCCUAUAAUUACACUUGAGUCCCUGGGUAAUGGUGGGACCCAGCCGAAACUUAAUAAAAGGCAUUGGGCACGACUCCUCAAGCAACCUGCUGUCUGUGCUGUGAUAGUAACACACCUUUGCACAGCAAGCACUUUCUUCACCCUUCUGUCCUGGCUGCCAACCUUCUUCAAGGACACCUUCCCUGAUGCCAAGGGUUGGGUGUUCAAUGUCAUUCCUUGGUUGGUAGCUAUACCCUCAUCUCUGUUUAGUGGCUGCCUAUCUGACCAUCUUAUUAGUCAAGGUUUCGACACCGCUUCAGUAAGGAAGUUAAUGCAGUUUUUCUCUAUGGGUGUAUCCAGUGUGUUCACGGUCCUACUGUGUGGUAAUACCACGUUCUCCUGGGCUGUAGCUUUUGUGUCGGCCACCAUGGGUCUCACUACGUUCAGUCACAGCGGGGUUUCCUUAAAUGUUCAAGAUCUCGCUCCUUCUUGUGCCGGAGCUCUAUUUGGAAUUAUGAAUACAUGUGGGGCAUUCUCAGGAGUCCUGAUGGUGUACUUCUCGGGGUAUCUCAUUGAGGCCACAGGCUCGUGGGCAUCGAUGUUUGCCCUCAUCACCACAGUCAACCUGAUGGGCCUCUUCACCUUCCUGGCAUUUGCCGAGGCUCGCAGAGUCGAUAUCGACUCCGGCAGGGUCCGCCACCAUAGCAUCCACAUCUAAACCGUUGAAGGAACGAGUGUGUCUAUGAAAAUAUUACUGUGGUUAAUCUAUAGGCAGAUUAUCCACAUUGGAUUAUUAUCCAAUAGAUGAUGAGCGGCAUCUUGCACCGUUGAGAUGGGAGAAAUGUUUGUUUAGCUCUGCGUUUACUAGAGGACUGUAAGGCUACUGAAAAGCACACAGCAGGGCAUUGUUACUGAGAAACUCUAGUUGGGAUUCAGAAGGAGGGGAGCUCUGUGCGUUCAGAGAAAAUGUAGGAGAGUAUACCAGCGCUACAUCCAGGUUACAGCUGGUGAAGUGGUUAAACAUUUGAGAGGAAACUGUUUACAUUUGUAAUGUAUUACAGCCCACAUCGGAAGUGCAAAAGCUGCAGAGAUCGUUUUUUGAAAGCUGUUGGUAAGUGUUGGGUACUGCAGAGGGAACUCAGUGGUCAUGGUAUUGGCCUGAGGUGCUCUCUAGCUGUGACAGACAAAGCUGGACUUCUUCUUACCUUGUAGACCAAAGGAGAGUCCAAACUCUUCUACCUGGAGCAUUUUACUCAUAUACCCCAUAAACAUACCACUGUGAUGAAUAUCCGACUGACAUCUCAUUAAGCGCCCGCUAAUGACUCUGGCGGACACCCUUAAUGUUGUGUACAAUUUACCUUCAGCGGACCUUGUGUUUGCAGUUACAGACUCGUCCUAUCAGUUUUCAAAGGGGGGUCAGGAAGCUUUAGGGCUUAGCUUUAGCUAAGUGCUUUCUCUCUGUAUUAAAUACAAUAAUGCAAUUUGUAAGACCAAAGGUUAAUAGUAAAUUAUUAUUUUUUUCUAUGUUAUAGCAUCUAAUCAAAUGUCUCAUUAACUUAUUUUUGAGUAAUUUCAUAUUUAUAUGGAUUUGAAAUAUUUUUCUCAUUGAAGAGGGAAAAAUAUGAAAGGACAAAUGGAAAAGAUGAGACCUGAUUGUGUUUGUGUGUGUUAAUCCUAACUUGUUCUUCCUCUAAAAAUAAAUGUUUUUAUGUUUGGCACACGUUUAUCAGAAAGAUAUCCAGAUUUUAAUUUCCCAGUUUGUUACUGAAGUCUUAGACUGUAAAUGAUCACAGUGGGAGUGGGGAAACUUGAUUGUCUCUUCAUUGUCUCACUGGACCAGUGUUUGUUUUCAACACUUGACAUAAUGAAAAUUACUGCAGAUAAGAGGGUUGAAGGGAUUUAUUAAGGCUACAGAUUUGAAAAAAUGACAAUUUUACUACAGAGGAUAUAUCAACAAAUACCAGCUGACUAAUUCUGAGUGUUAAAGCCUUCAGAACACAUUUUCAUUUGAAAUGCGUUAUGCUCAUGUACUUUUUAUGCAUUUAUUAUUUUGUGCCUAAUUUAAGCAAACAAGAAUUUGCAGUACUGAAUGUUAAUAAAGUUAUAGGUAUUUUGUUAUGUUUUUGUGCGAGUUGUUUAUGUGAAUACAAAGCAAUGGCAGGUGUUUUUUGUUUCUUAUUUUGCCUCUGCAAAUUUAGUUUUGGAAAUGUUCACUGCAUUUCAUUAAAUUAUGUUUUGGUAUUUUGGUAAAACAAAAACACAUAAUUGCAGAAAGUGUUCUUUUUUCUGUGUGUUUUCAGAAUUAAAUUAGUUUCCUGUUGACAUAAUAAAACAUAAAUUGAUAGAGGUUUAAAACUGUCCUCUGUGUGUGUCAGCUUAGUUCAGAGUUUCACUAAAUAAAAAUGUUGAUGCUCAAUAGAUUUCCUAUAUUGCUUGCCAAAAGCCAUUGUAAUUUUAAUGCAGUCUUAAACAGUAGUUCAGGCCUUCUGAAGAGAUGCAUUUAUUUUUCUAAUCCUUUUGGCUCUAAUCCAUAUGUAAGUUGUGAAAAUUAUUCUUUUUAUCCAUUGUUUAAAUCAGGCCACGUGCAGCUUUUCUUUUGACUCAUGAUUUGUGAGCAAUUCUUUUAAGUUUUAUAAUAUUUUCUCAAGUAAAAAAAAAAAAAAAUCUAUUUCAUCAUUGGCCCUCUUGCUUUUACCAUCCGACAUUUGUCUGCUAGAUAAAUAUUGCAAAAUCUA